AACUCUGCCGUGUAGAACGGGCCGGUUGGCCACUAAGUAACGGGUCAAAAAAUUUUAAGCGGGUCACCGUGGAUGGACGUAUGCGGUGUAGAACGGGCCCAAAACAAAACUAGGCAGUGGCAAGCAUGGCUUGUUCUAGAAUCUUCGCAGGCACCAGAAUACCACCUAUCGUCGCCCUUGCACGGAAACUUCAUCCUCUCUCCGUCUCUGCUUCUCGUCUUCAGGUUCGCUCCAUGGCCGACUCAACUUCCCCAUUCAAGAAAGUUCAGAUUCAGAGAGACGACACCACAUUCGACGCAUAUGUAAUUGGAAAAGAAGAUGCUCCUGGAAUUGUUGUGCUCCAAGAAUGGUGGGGUGUCGACUUUGAGAUAAAAAACCAUGCCAAGAAAAUCUCUGAAUUUGACUCUGGCUACAAGGCACUCAUACCUGAUCUCUACCGUGGAAAAGUUGGAUUAGAUGUUGCAGAAGCACAGCACUUGAUGGAUGGCCUUGACUGGCAAGGAGCUGUGAAAGACAUUCAUGCUUCUGUUAAUUGGCUCAAGGAAAAUGGUUCAAAGAAGGUUGGAGUGACUGGGUACUGCAUGGGUGGUGCCCUUGCCAUUGCAAGUUCUGUUCUAGUCUCAGGUGUUGAUGCUGUUGUAGCAUUCUAUGGAGUACCUUCUGCUGAGCUGGCAGACCCUGCCAAGGCCAAGGCACCUGUACAGGCUCAUUUUGGGGAGGAUGAUGGAUUUGUUGGAUUUUCAGAUAUCAAGGCUGGGAAAGAGUUGGAAGAGAAGCUGAAAGAAUCUGGAGUUGAACAUGAGGUGCACUUGUAUCCCAAGGCUGGGCAUGCAUUCAUGAACAGCUCCGCCGAUGGGAUACAGCGGAGGAGAACCAUGGGAGAGUCUGAUGUUGAGAAUGCCACUGUGGAGCUGGCUUGGUCUCGCUUUCGCUCAUGGAUGAACCGCUUCUUGUCCACCACGGCUUGAACAAAGAAUAAGCAUUAUGCGCGCUUUUUGUUUGGAGCUGUCUCUUGCCAUGUAAGAACUAGUUCUCUUGAGGUUGUGGGUGAUAAUAAAGUGGUACCAUAUGAUGCUUGUUUAUGGUGUGCAGUAUUGUGUGGUUUUUCCUUUCUAUGCUUUCAUUACUCUCUGAUUAGGCAAUUGGAAAUAUACUCCGUAAUACGGUCACACGGAUUGCGGAGUAUAUAAUACGGAGUAGCUUAUUAGUCCUUAGUAAAAGUGGCCAUGACAGUUUUGCUUCGCCUUUUGAAAUUGACUAUGCGUUUUAUUAAACUUUAUGCAUGGGG